GUGACCCAUAUUCCAUCCACGCCAUUUUGCAAUGUGGGGCAGAGGGAGGCCACUUUUUUUUUAUUGCUAACGAAUAAAAUGUGAAGUAGUUUUAUGCGCUGAGGACAAAGAGCGUCGCGUGUUUCUGUGGCAGUCAUGGAGGAGAUCAGCAGUGUAGCUGUACUCAACACGCACUCCUCCACUUCUUCCUCUUCCUCCUCUGAUCCGUCAGCGCUGGAAUCCCCUGCUCAAAGCCAAACCCGGCAGGCCGUCAAGGAAGACACCUCUCAGAUUUUUCAACACAAGCAAGCCCCCAAUUCUCUGAUCCGAGUCAUUGAGAAGCUCAGCAAAAUAGUGGAGAAGCGUCCCCAGCGUAGCUGCAUCUCGGCGGCACAGAAAAGAGCGUUUCAACAGGCCUCUUCUGCACGAGGAGGAGGAGGAGGUGAUGACGGGGCGAAGGGGAGCAGAGGAAGCUCUCCCAUUAAGAAAAUAAAGAGGAACGUCAAGGUGGUGAGAUUAGAUGGCAGCACAGCUGACCGGGCUCUUUCUCCACCUGUGUCAGGCGACAGUAACAAUAACAACGUCACCUCCACUGUAACAGAGAUAUGUGACAACCCCAACAGCAGCAACCAAAAGUGGACAGUAACAUGCUAUCAGUGCAGCCUGUGUCCAUUUCUCUCCCAAACACUGCCCCUGCUCAAAGAGCACCUGAAGCAGCACAAUGAGCAGAACAGUGAUGUCAUCCUCAUGUGCUCCGAGUGUCGCUUUACCUCCAGAGACCAGGGGCAGCUUGAGGCACAUGUCAGGCUGCACUUCGACAAUGGAGGAAACCUGAAGAGGGAUUACCCUCCAUCGGAUACCUAUAGCGAUGGAAAGGAAGAUGUUUUAAGAAAGCAGGAUGGGGACUGGACUGGGAGCAGUGGCAGUACGGGAACCGAGGUCAUCAAAAGUUCAGCGGACAGUUCCAAGGAGCUGCCACAGAAGAAGAAAUGGUACAGCUAUGAGGAGUAUGGAUUGUACCGCUGCCUAAUCUGCAGCUACGUCUGCAGCCAGCAGCGAAUGCUAAAGACCCAUGCCUGGAAGCAUGCUGGUCUGGUCGACUGCUCUUACCCUAUCUUCGAGGAUGACGACGGGGCUCCUGCAAUAAGAGAGUUCAAGGCUGCAGCUAACCCUGCCACGACCAGAGAGGAAAUGGUAGUUUUUUCCCCAGCCCUUCAAGAUAAAGGCCUGCAAAAGCGCCCCACUGGCUUCAAGCUCCAGCUCUGUGUGCCACUGGGUGUCGACAGUAAACAGGAUCUGUUAAAUCAACCUGUUUCUGAUGUUGAUGAAAGUCCAGACACGGCAGGGGAAGAGGAGGAACGUGUGUACCCUAUCAAAGACCUGACCUCCGAGGAGCCCCUGGUGGAAGUGCAGGUGAUGACGGUGGCGGAGACUGAAGUUGAGAUAGAUGGUCACCAUGAUAGUGGCUCUAUCACGGACAGCUUACUGUCAUCAGCCCAGAAGAUUAUCAACAGCAGUCCCAACAGUGCCGGCCGGAUCAACGUGAUUGUAGAACGUCUUCCCUCGGCUGAGGAUUCAGUCAUGGCAACUAACCCACUUCUUCUUAGCCCAGACGUGGACAGGGACAAGAGCUUACAGGAUGUGGAGGAGCAAGAGCGUGACCACAUUGGAGCUGUGAAGGAGGAGGAGGUCCUUGGCUGCAGUGCAGAUGCUACUGACAGCCCGGCAUUAAGUGCUGAUAUUAAAUCAUCCGUUACCAUAAGUAGCAACUCACCACGGGAUGAAAACGUUCCCCCAGCUAGUCGCAAGAGGACACAUUCUGAGUCCCUCCGCCUGCACUCCCUGGCUGCUGAGGCCCUGGUAGCGAUGCCUAUGAGGACCCCUGAGCUCUCCACCUCCAGCCUCAAAGCACCAGACGUGGGAACGACGGCAGCUCUAUUGGACUUGGACCUUCAUAGGGAGGACAGUGAGGAAGAAGAGUUGGGGCCCCUGGGACUCAGGGAGGGAGACGAGGAGGAGCCUACAACUAAAGCUGGCAUUAGCCUUUCGCUGCUCACGGUCAUUGAAAGACUCAGAGAGCGCUCGGACCAGAAUGCCUCUGAUGAAGAUAUCUUAAAAGAGCUUCAGGACAACGCACAGUUCCAAAACGGGGCUGUGGCUGGUGUGGUCACAGGCAGCGGAGCUGGGAGUUACAUGUGUGCCAUUCCACGAAUGGAUGGGGCUUCUCCUGAUGGUGGUCUGGUGGACUACAUCCCCGGCAGUGAAAGGCCAUACAGAUGCCGCCUGUGUCGCUACAGUAGCAGCAACAAGGGCUACAUCAAACACCACCUGCGGGUUCACAGGCAGAGGCAGCCGUAUCAGUGUCCCAUCUGUGAUCACAUCGCCUCAGACAGCAUGGACCUGGAGAGCCAUAUGAUCCACCACUGCAAGACCAGGAUGUACCGGUGCAAGCAGUGCCCAGAUGCCUUCCACUAUAAGAGUCAGUUAAGAAACCAUGAAAGAGAGCACCACAGCUUCAGCAGCGACAUGGCAGCCUUCACAGCUGUCACUGAAGCUGCAGCCGCAGUGGAGGAAGCUGAGCAAGAAACAGACCACGAUUGUGCAAAGCAGAAGAUGUACAAAUGUGAUGUGUGCGACUACACCAGCUCCACAUAUGUCGGUGUGAGAAACCACAGACGGAUUCAUAACUCUGACAAGCCUUAUCGGUGCUGUAGCUGUGACUUUGCCACCACCAACAUGAACAGUUUAAAGAGCCACAUGAGGAGGCACCCUCAGGAGCACCAAGCUGUGCAGCUUCUGGAGCAGUACAGGUGCUCUCUGUGUGGCUAUGUGUGCAGUCACCCUCCAUCACUUAAGUCGCACAUGUGGAAGCACGCCGGAGACCAGAACUACAACUACGAGCAGGUUAACCAAGCCAUUAAUGAGGCCAUCUCCCAGAGCAGCCGAACUCCUCAGAAGUUGUCUGCAGUUCCGGAAUCAGUGGCGGACCACCCUGCGGUGGCCUAUCCCUCAAAGGACAAAGUUAAGGCCCCCGUGGAACAGAUAACACCCACACUGACAUCAGCAGCAGUUGAUCCAGCCACAGACAGCCCGACUGGCCUCCACACACCCACCACAGACCCCUCACAGUGGUCAGGUGAAUCCCAAAGUCCCCCGGAUAGUGACCCUGUAGGCCAGACCCACGUCCCGGGUCCCAGCAUGGAGUACUGUGUGCUCUUGUUCUGUUGCUGCAUCUGUGGCUAUGAGUCCACCAGUAAAGAGCGGCUGAUGGAGCACAUGAAGGAGCACGAGGGAGACAUCAUCAGCAUCAUCCUCAACAAGGAGCAGCAGCAGCAGCAAGCUGAAGUACAACCAAGCCUCCAGACAGCAGAGUGAGACCUGUCCUUCUCUACUUUUCUCUAUAUCAACACUGACCCUGCGCACACAGAACAUUUUCAUUAUAUUUCUUUAACUCAAGGUGGUUGUGAGUUGUAGGUUUAACCAUUUUAUGUCUACCACACCCUCAUAGUUUACUGCCAUUUCUCAGCAUGUAAGUUGGUGACAAAGGCUACAUCCAUGUUACUACAUUUUCAUUAUACAACUGGUGUCCACACUACUCCAGAGUUUCAGAGCAGCUACAACAGGGAUGUUUGGAGAAGUGUUUUAGUCUGGACAGGCAGUAACAGAGAUGUUUGGAAACGUGUAGAAAACAAUAUGGAAACUUAUUUCAGUUAUUUUUUUUUUUUUUCAAACUAAAACGUAGUAGUAUGGAUGUAGCCAAUCGGCUGAAGUAACUUGAGUCCAAUACACACACCUUGAACAGGUGUGGAGAAAUAUAAUGAAAAGGUUUUCUGUGUGGCAUAUCCUUUAAAAGGAAUGUUAAAUAAAACAUAGAACAACGCUUAUAAGCCGUUAAUAUUUGUAUCAAAUAAUUUGACAGAGACACAAAAUGUGUCUUUAGGGAAGCAACGUUGAUUUCAAGGGACAAACCCGAGCUUUAGCCCAAGUUUUUUUUCACUAUACAGGGACAAGUUCAUACCUCACAAAACCACACAAUCCCUCAGCAGGAAUGGAGAAAAGAAAAGAUGACAUAUUUUCCAGUCUAAUUCAUAUAUUGACUACAAGGCAGCUCUUUUAUUGCUACUGUAAUAUUUAAUGUAUUUAAUUUGACUCAGCCGUGGCUCUAGCCUUUUUAUAGGAGGUACAUGUGCAAACUCACCAAUGCCUAAAGGCACACAUCACAGCUUGAAGAUGAUAUAAUAUCAGGUUUUUAUGCACGUUAGUUUCCGUUCUGCCCAUUUCAAGAGGCAAAUGUUUCUUAUUUGUUAUUUGCAUUAUACAUAUUUUUGUAUGAGUGACUGUAAUUUUACUGUGGGAUUGUUUGUAAAUUAGCGUCUUUAGAGGAGAAUGUAAUUGCUCUCAGUGGUGAUGUCGAGGAUGAUCUAGUGCAAAGUAGAAACAGGUGGAGGAUGAGCAAAGUCUUCUGGCCGCAGAUGUUUGGUUUUGAUUAAAAGGAAUGAUUUAAAAGGGAAGUUAGCACAGGUGGGUGCUUGGUGCCUAGAUAUUUGAGAGCAGGAAUAUGUGGUACUGAAUCAGACCCACCUGUUUUCACUUACGAUUGCAGUGCUAUGCACACUAUAACGUUGAGUCAAGGUUUUUUUUCAUAGCCCAUGAAAUUUAUGGUGUAUAUAACAUUUGUAUUAUAAUUUUUUUGUCAGUGUUUUUAAAAUAUAAACUUUUUAGUGUCAAAUGCAACUUUAAAUAUCUGCUGUCCUGGCCAAAGUACACAAGAAUACGUGGAUGUGAAAAUCUCAUGCGACUGAUCACAUUACCUGUGAUAUAACGACUCUCAGCUCAGCACAGUGUCAUGAUGAUAAAACCUCGACCAAUGUAGGCUUCAUGUUUUCUAUGAUGAUCUGAAUGUCUUCCAUACAGAAACAAGGCAACAAAUGGCUUCUCUAUGAAAGGAUACAAAUUGAACUGAUCACCCAGAAGCAUAUGACAAAAUAUUAUUCUGAUGUUAUGAAAAUUAUGUCUUAAUUUGAUCAGAAAAAGGUCAUAAUGUUAUGAUAAAAAUAAAAAAUUUGGAAAUAAGCAGCAAAAAAACAAAAACAACCCUAGCUUACCAGAGCUCCACUUCCUCUGGGUCCAAAAUCUUGAACAAAUGUCAUUGUUUGUUGAGAAACUAUGAAAUCCUUUUGAGUGUCACACAUAUAACUUUAACUACAGCCUCAGUCGACCAUUUCUAAACAUUUCCUCCUCCACAAAAAUGGCAUUUUCCUCCAAGUCUGUAGUUCUGUCCUCAGAAUAGACAUUUUCUUUUCACAGUCUCUAUUUCUUCCAAGUCCUGAUUCUUAGGAUAAUGGUGCUGAUGAGCCAAAAUAUGAAGUAUGCUGUAAUUUAAGAAACCUAAAGUAAAGUAUAACUUAACAAUGUGCUCCACAUUCCUCAUUUUAACACAUUUAACACCGGCGACAGGCAUCAGCCUGAUAUUCUCCCUCGAAAAUGACAUGCAGCUUAAGAUAAUGACUUUAUUUUUCUUGUACAUUUAAGACCGUAUUCUUGUAAUAUUCAACUUAAUUCUAGUAAAUUUUCAACCUUUUCCUUGUAGUUUUAAAACUUUAUUCUCAUAAUAUUAUCACUUUAUUCUCGUAAUCGCCGGGGUUUUUUCUCACCUUAAGUGGCCCUAAUGCUUGUCGUAGAAACAUGUUACCCAAAAUAUGUCUCGCACUUUAAUGUUAAUUCAUGUCAAGCUAACUGUGCCAGUCAUCCAGGAUGUAAAGUUGAAAAAGAGAUGUUUUCAUGUUGAUAACCAAGUAGCCUUACAAAAGAAUAAUUCUGUUGCCCAAAAACCCGCCAGGAUCAAGUCGAAGUUGAAGCUUAGUUUUUGAACCCAACAGUCAGUUCUCCACCCAUCUAAUGUGUCAUCCAGUUCUGUCGUGCACAGCGCACCACUAGAGGACCAGUGUGUAGGAUUUAGGGGGAUCAUGUUUUCAUUAGGGAAUAAUCACCUGAAACUAAGAUUUGAUGUGUUUACUUAAGCUUCGAAUGAGCUUUUAUAUCCGCACUCCGAGUGGAUCCUCUUCCACCGAGGUUUCUACACUAGCCCAGAAUGGACAAACCAUAGAAGGGGAGGGGUAUUCAGUCUGCAACCUCACCUCUCUGCUGCUAAACCCUACACACUGGACCUGUAAUUCAUCAGUAUGCCACCCCCUCCUUCCUUCCACACAGACAGAGGCUGUGGAAAUUAAGAUAAAAUGGAAUAUACAUAAUUCAUGCCCAUCCCCCAAUCCACCCCACUUCGCCUUACAUAAUGCAAAAGUGUGUGUGUGUGUGUGUACAUGUGUGUGUGUGAAGCGUAGAGGGGGAAACUAAAUUAAAUCUGUAUCUCAAAGCCCUUAUACCUGGCCUGGACUUCUCAUUAUCAUACUGGAUAAUUAUUGUCUGGCUUUUAAUUUGUCUGAAUCAAAGGAGACAGUGACAUGUCUGUAUGAAGAAAAAAAAUGAAAUAUAAGUGAGGCUUCAGUGUCCCUCCUGUCUGAUUAACUUGACAUUCAUUUUAAUGAGCAGUGAACGUAAAAGACGAGUCCGACCGCAGCCACACGCAGACGUACCCCGCCCACCCCUCUCCUCUCCGUUGUAAGGACGCUGCCAUGAAUCUGACAGCUCCUGAUAAUUCACUUCCAAAAUUUCGUGGAAAAAAAACGACGUGGCUUUUGAUUCUUGUUCACCUGGAACUUUAUAUUCAUACUUUUGGCACAAAAUUCUAUGAGCUAAUAAAACUGUUGUCACCAAGUUCAUUUCUGAGUAGUGCUGCCACUUUUAAAUAUUUAAAUAUAUCGUGUAUUAACACGUCAUUCUCUCAGAUAAAGACAUUUUACAUACACAUACAUUCUAAACGUCAGUCCUUGUAGAAUUGAUGUUCUGUUCAUUCUCGGUGCCUCCACUGUCUCGCUAACAUUACCGUAAGGCUGUUCCAUUAAACCAAGUCAACAGUCUGAAAGCCUCCACUUCUCAGAUGAUCUGCUGUCAUAAUUGUCUUGUGCAGCAUGGCUCACUAGUUCCAUCCUUACUGCGUCAGCAUAAUAAACUAGAAUAGCACUCAGUAGAGUGCACAGGCCCAGCAGUCCCCCUAUGAAACCAGAGUUUUAUUUGGAUCUGCACCAAAUUUCCCAGUCCCCUAAAAAUGUCUUAUUUUUUUAUCACAAUCCAAGAAUUACUCUCUGGCAAAUUGGUGAAAAUGUGUCUCACAAUGUUAAAGACAUCGCUCCUUUGUCUGGAUCCACACCAAAAUGUAAUGUCUUUCUUGGCCCAUGUCUCAUCCUUCCACGAAGCAUCAUGGAAAUCCAUUCUGUAGUUUUUGUAUAAUCCCGCUCACUAAUAAACAAACCGACAAACAAAUGGACAGGGUUUGAAAGUUUGGAAGUGAAACCAAAGGUGGACAGUGACCAAGUUACCCCCAAGUGUCUGUUGUAACCAUCACAGUUUCCAGCCAAACGUCCUGCUCCAGCUGAAGUUUUGUACAUAGCUGCAGGAGUUGUGAGCCCAGUUUCCUUUGCUAUUGGAGAUUAUCAACAGUGUUUUGGGCUCACUCCUUUCUGGUUUUACUUUUGGUACAAAUGAAGUGGUUUUGAUAAUCUUUCUUAACUGUUAGGUUUGUUUAUAACUUAUCGAAUUGUGUUUUGUUCUCAUGUUGAACCGAGUUGAAUGAAAGUGACUCAAUCCAUGCAGUUAGUAAGUUUAAGUAAGCAAGUAAGUAAACUACUUAAAGCAGUUAAACAGGGCUGAGAAUGUUUUUUUGUUAACAGAUCCUAUCAAAGGACCAAAACCAAGCCGUCUGUCAAUUAUUUUCAGCUUUCCUACAAUGUCUAUAACAACUGUGCAAAACCCAUAUGAACUUUACUUUUGAAACAAAGUGAAACAAUUUCUGAGGUUUAUCAAACAUGUAGUAAACUGUGGAGACUGUAUUUGGAGCGCUGAUGAGUAUUACCAGCUGCAGGAUGCUGUAUGUGAGAUUGACUCACAGCGAACUGCAGUGCAGAUGUUUGUCAUAAUGCAGAGGAAGGUCGCCAAAAGCACAGCAGCAUGAUGUUUUUCUUUUUUGCUUUAUUUGACUGUAAAGAAAGAGACAGGAAAAAUAGGGAGAGAGAAGUAUGACGUGUAACAAGAGUCCCCUGGCUACUGAGACGUCCUCACUGAUGGGCUCCUAAAUUGUGAUUUGUGAAUAUGUGCUUUGAUUGAUUGAUAACAAUGGAACUGCUUGGCACAGACGAAAGAGAUGCAUCAGGCUUUGGAUGUGCAAAUAUUACUCGUCUGUAAGAACAAUUCUUUGAGGGUCUUGACAAACCCUAAUAAUAUGAGACUUAUCCUUAAAAUUUGAUAUUCAAUUGAAGCUAACACUCACUGUACUAAAGUCACAGAAAUAAAAGUGUGUGUGUGUAUAUAUAUAUAUAUAUCACCCAUAAUGAUAGACUCCAAAUGAUGCAUUAUAGGUGUCACAAGUUCUAAAAGACUCCACGUUCACUCUGUUUCAUGGUACAACUACAGAACCAUUCAUCUGGGCCAUAUAAGGUUACAGUAAUGACCUCUGACUGUCAUAGGAACAAUUGUGUUUUGUUGUGGUUUAUUGUGCCUUUUAGUUCAAAGUAUUAUUUAGGUUGACGCUGCAAAUUGACCAUUUAACAAAAGAUCAAUAUUUUAUUUUAGUCAGUCAGUGGGAGAAAAAACGUAAUCACCUCAGUAGGUUUCCCAUCGAUGCAAAUGAACAUUUUUUAUUUAACAGUUUGGGUGAACAGAGUAUGUGAAGCAGCCAUGUCAUAUAUGUAUAACUAAGGUUUUUUAGCUAAAAAAAAAUGGGCUGAGACACUUGAUAUGUAUUUUAGGUGUGUACAUAUUGUAGAUGAGCACUGCAGAACCUGAAAACUGACAUUUUUUAAAAGAUAAAAUCUAUUUUUUGAUAAUCUUGUAGAAAGAAAAACAACUUACAACAACAAAAAACUUUCAGAUUGAAUUUUGGCUCUGUUCUUAUUUCCUCCCAGUCUGUUAAAGGGAAUUUAUGGUUUUAAGCUAAAAGCGGCAAAAUGAGCCAAGUGACUUUAAACCAAAGCUGGUGGAGACAUAACAUGUUUGUCCUGAUCAGUGUAUUUUUACUCUUAUUAAACUUUGUAAUGGGGGGUUGAGCAUGGUAUCGACCAACAGCAGUGUGAGGUUUGCUUCAUGUUUAUUUAUUCUUUAGAACAUCGUAGGCAGUGUCAUGUCACUACUUUGCUAUUGUAUUUUUGGUAAUAAAGACUGAGAAAUUA